AUGGAAAAUUCUUUAAUUCAAGCUGAACCAACCAAAUUAAAUUUCAGCCAAAAUAAUAAUAAAGCAAAUAUUACAAUUACAAAUAAUGGAUUAGAUUUGGUAGAUUUAGAAUUACAGAUUAAAGGAGAUUGUGGAAGUUUCAAAAUUCCAUAUCUUAGAGGAGACCAAAAUAUAUGUGAAACUAGUAAACCAGGUACAAUUCCAUUAAGUCCUCAAGAACACCAACUUUUCUAUAUAUACUAUGAGCCAACAUCCACUCCUCUUUCAAGCACACAAGCAGAGUUGGAGCUUAAAUACAAAGACUCAAUUAGUAGAAAACCAAUUUCAAUUUCAAUCCCUUUAAUCAUUUCUUAA